AUGCUCACACGACGCCGAUUCCGGCAUUCGCGGCAGAACCGCACCCUUCGAUACGGCCUCUAUGUUCUGGCCGCUCUCCUCUUCAUCGACAUACUCACAAUACUCAAACACUACCGCGUCUUCCAGCAGAACCUCUCAGCGCAUAUCCAUACCGAUAGAACAACCCUUCCGAGCCCCGUCCGGGAUCAGAAAAUAUUCAUAUGCACUCAAGUAUGGACCAAUGCCGAGGUCGUCUACUACCGAUGGGGCGAUGCCAUUAUAGACAUGGUCGAAGCUCUCGGCCCAGAGAAUGUGUUCCUGAGCAUCUACGAGUCCGGUAGCUUGGACAACACGAAGGAGAUGCUCGAAUUCCUAGAACGGCAGCUCGAACAACGGUUCCCCACCCUCCGCAAGGAAAUACGAAUGGAGAAUACGACCCACGAGGACGAGAUGAAUGUCGGCCCCUACGAUGGGAACGGCAACCCACGACCAGGAUGGGUAUUGCCCCCCUCCGAAACUGAAAAGAAGCAGUUGCGCCGCAUUCCCUUUCUGGCCAAAUUGCGAAACAUCUCCCUCCAGCCACUUCUCCGUGAGCGAGCACUGGGUCGGACCUACGACAAGAUCCUAUUUGUGAACGACGUCGUCUUUACUCCCUCCGACGUGUUGACCCUGCUGGCCACCAAUCAGGGUUCGUACAGCACAGCCUGCGCCCUGGACUUCCACUCCGAGUCCCGCUUCGGGCUCGCGCCGUACUACGACACGUUUGUCCUUCGUGACACUAAACACCAACCGCAUCUAUCGCUACAGUUCCCAUACUUUCGCCCUUCCGACUCGCUCGACGCCAUUUGGGCCGGGAAGCCUGCUCGAACCACCACCACGCUGCCCAGACCUAUCGACGACACGGCUCUGGGCCUGCCGUUUCGGGGGAUCUCUGAUGGACUGGCAGCCCACCAUCUCGAAGCCUCCGAAUGCUGCCUCAUCCACGUCGACCACGCCACCAUCAACCCGAAUCAUUUGCCCCUGUACGUCAAUCCGGCUGUGCGUGUGGCUUACAGUACGAAAGCGUACAACUUGGUGCAUUUCGGCGGCGGCAUGAUCACCAGAACGAAGCAUAAUGGAGUGCGUGUAAGCCUAGCCGGGCCUGAGAGUCAGGGGUUUCUGAGUGGGGUGCAGUACGUCCUUGCGACGUGGCUGCAUCGACUGAACCGGCUGAGGACAUCGUCUGCUGCGGCACAGCAGGCGAAAGUGGUGGAGACGGCGAGGAAGUGGUUGGGUGAGGAGGGGACGAUGGCGGAGCGAGCAGAGAAGGCGAGGGAGUUGGGAAAGAACGGAGAGAUGUGCUUGAUCGAUGAGAUGCACUUGUUGAUUGAGAAUGGAUGGCGGCAUGCUUGA